GGAACUGAACCAAUGAAUGAGUGUCCUUUCUGUCAUAGACAUUACCUAUUAUAUCUGUGGUAUCUUAUAAUAAUAAUAUCCACAAACUAAAUAAAUUUAAUACCUAUCUGUGUUUUAGUUAGUUUGUGUCGUGCCUACCUUCUUCAAUUGAAAAGACAUCUAAUUAUGGAGGCUUUAGAAUUAAUUUCUUCCAAUAAGAUUUUUGGUGGUUACCAGAAGGUAUACUCCCAUGUUUCAUCUGAACUUGGAUGUAAGAUGAACUUCUCAAUUUAUCUACCACCUCAAGCUGAUGGUGGAGACUCUGCUCUACCAGUCAUAUUUUAUCUCUCUGGCCUCACCUGCACUGAGCAAAAUUUUAUUACGAAAUCUGGAUUUCAAAGGUAUGCAGCAGAACAUGGAAUAAUUGUUGUAGGACCUGAUACAUCACCAAGGGGUGUGAAAAUCGCUGGUGAUGAUGACUCUUGGGAUUUUGGAGUUUCAGCUGGAUUUUAUUUAGAUGCUACAAAGCAGCCCUGGGCGGAUAACUACAGGAUGGGCAGUUACAUUAAUAAAGAAUUGUAUGAAUUAAUUCAGAGUGCUUUUGGCAAUCUUGUUGAUCCAGGGAGAGUUGGUAUUAUGGGGCACAGUAUGGGUGGUCAUGGAGCUAUUGUGUCAACUUUACGGAAUCCUGGCCUUUAUAAAUCAGUAAGCGCUUUUGCUCCAAUAUGUAAUCCCAGUGCUUGCCCUUGGGGAAAGAAAGCCUUUUCUGGCUAUCUUGGCGAGGAUAAGGACCAGUGGGCCGAAUGGGAUGCCACUGAACUUGUAAAGAAAUAUGAUGGACCUCCACUCACUUUGCUUAUUGAUCAGGGUGCUGGAGAUAAGUUUUACAUUGAAAAGCAGCUUCUUCCAGAAAAUCUUGUUGAGGCUUGUAGGUCAGUUGGAGUUCCUGUAAUUCUCAACCUCAGAGAAGAUUAUGAUCAUUCUUACUUCUACAUAUCAACAUUUAUUGGUGAACAUUUCAAUUUCCAUGCAAAGAUUCUCAAGGCUUAAAUAUUGUAAAGAUCAAUGCAUAUUUGUAUUUUCUGUAAAUAAAUUUUUAUUUCUGUUGGUCUUGAA